AUUUUUCUCAUCCUUCACUACCAAAUAUCACAUUUCAACUGAUCUUGAGUUGAGUACAAUGGAUUCAAAAAAUGCAAUCCUCAUCCUUGGUCUAUUGGCCAUGGUUCUUCUUAUCUCCUCAGAGGUGUCAGCUAGGGACUUAACUGAGACUUCCACUAAUACAAAAGAUGAGGUUGUUGAAAAGUCACAUGAAGUAAAUGAUGCCAAAUAUGGUGGUAGAGGCUACGGUCCGGGUGGUGGCUACAACGGAGGUGGAGGAUAUAAUGGUGGUGGUGGUUACAAUGGUGGUGGUGGUGGUUACCACGGAGGUCCUGGUGGUGGUUACAAUGGUGGUGGUGGUUACCAUGGUGGAGGUAGAUGCCGAUACGGCUGUUGUGGUGGGCGUUAUGGGGGUUGCAGGUGUUGCUCAUAUGCUGGUGAAGCUGUUGAUGUGCAACCCAAGGACAACACUCAUAACUGAGUAUCAUAUCAUCCUGCAUGAUCCACUUUCUUAGUAGUUUUAUGAAUAAAUAAUGCUGUGUGCUGAUCAUAAGAGGUAUAGAUAGACAGCAAUUUGUGUUGUUGUGUAUUAUAUAUCUUGCCACUAUAUAGUAUAGAUAAUUCACGUAUGUGAAAAUCAUGUUUAACUACAUCAUCACUAUGUACAUGUGAUGAUGAGUUUAAGUUUUAAGUUUUAAUAAAAAUGGUGAAUGUGUUAUGAGUUAAAUUAUAUCAAAUAUCAUUUUCCU